UUUUUUUUCAUAUCUUUAGCUAAUUAUUAUUAUUUAUAUUGUAAAAUAAAAUAAAAUAAAAUGAAAUUGCUACAUUUAAUCAUCGCAAGCUUUUUAAUAACUAUAGCAACUGCACUUGAAAUUCAGGGUAAAAUUAUACCAAAUGUUAUAAUCAAUGAUGUGUCAAAGAUCGAUUCUUCAACAACACGAAUUUCACUCAAUGGGAUGCAAUAUACAACUCAUAUUAAAGCAAAUGGCGAAUUCAAGUUUUCUAAUGUCGAACCAGGCUCUUAUUUACUAGAAGUGCAAAGCAUUCAAUAUAUCUUUCCAAAGAUGCGCGUCGAUAUUGAUGAGGACAACCAAGUCCACGCUGCUUAUUCUGGACUUGCUAUUGACUGGAAUCAAAAAGGUUACUCAGUUAAUUAUCCCCUAGAAGUUCAAGCUAAAGCAGAAUCAGAAUAUUUUAUGCAACGUCAAGGCUUCAAUCUGAUGGGAAUGUUUAAAAAUCCUAUGUUUUUGAUGCUUGGUUUUAGUGCAAUUAUGUUAUUCUUUAUGCCCAAAAUGAUGAAUACAUUACAAAAUAUGGACCCCGAAGCUUCAGAGGAAUUUAGUAAAUCUCAAGCAGAAGCGCAGAAGAUAUUAGCAGAUAUGCCAAGUUUAUCACAAAUGUUUGCUAAAAAAUAAUUUACUAGAAUAAAAAUUAUUAAGUAAUAAGCCAAGCAUUUUCAGUACAAAAAAAAAAAAAAAAUAAAUAGUUUUAUCUAAUACG